AUGUCGACUGUGGGCCGCCCGAUUGCAGCUGCGCUGACCGAUGCAGCGAAGCUGGUCACACGCAUAAAAAAUGCCGCCAAAUACGGAGAGACGGAUGUUGACGUCUGGCGGAAAUAUUCAAGGGAAGUGCUAGACUCCGCACAGACCUUUGAUUUGGCCCAAGUAGUGAACCUGUUAUCGUCAUUCAGCUACAUGCGAUACCGCCACGCUGGAGUGCUGGAUGCCCUAGCGGCACGUGUCUGCGAGUCGAGCUUCAAACUGAAGGGCACAGAUAUAGCACGCGUGAUGCGCGCAUAUUCCGUCCUGGAGCACCGAAACGAGUUUAUGUUUCGACUGAUGCUGCCAGAGUUGUCGAAGAGGAUGGACCUGUUCUCGUUGGCGGACCUGACCUCUAUCUUCUACUCGUACGCAAAUUUGGGGUAUUACAACCGCCAUUUUGUCGCAUGCGUGGAGUCUGCGGUGCUCAACAAUAUCCACAAUGUCUCUUGCAAGGAACUUUGCCACGCGCUCUCUGCGCUGGGCAAGCUCCAUGUGCGCCUCCCCCGCCUUGAAACUGUGCUGGGGUGCCACUUUUGCACGCGCGUCGACUUGUGCACGUACACGGAACUGGCACUCAUUACAAAUGCUCUGGGGAGGCUCGAUUUCUGUGGCCAUCCCCACCUCUUCUCGGUUGUGGAAACCGAGGUCUACCGGAAGUCGAAAAAUCUGCCACCACACUCAUUCGCGUUGAUGGCCAACGCCAUAUCACGAAGGGAAGAUUCUUCGAAGGCGCUUGACUUCAUGUCUAAGCAAAUGCCCGAUCGGUUGCGCGAGUUUGACGUGCACUCGUUGUGCCUGUUAAGCGCAGCGUUUAGCCGCCGGGGAGCUGUGCGGCGCGAACUGUUCGAUCGCAUGGCAGCGCGUGUCGGCAGAAUAUCACUUGCAUUGUACCCGCGCGCAAUAGCUUCCUUGUCGUUUUCGUAUGGUCGCGCAGGGCACCUGCAUGAGCCCUUGAUGUGCUUCGCGGGGCGUCACCUCGAGCGAUUUGUGGCACACUACAGCUGCAACGAAGUGGCGAUGAUACUGCGUGCGCACAACAUGCUGACUGUGCGUAACGAGCAGCUGUUGCUCCACCUCGCGAAGUUCAUAUGUGACAACUGCCCAGAGAUCGUUCCCGUUAGGAUGGCUGACCCGCUGGUGCGGAAACGCGUAGCGUUCGCCAUGGGCUACGACGAUGAGUCGCACGAAGACGAGGCUGAUGUCAAGGCUCAAUCUGGCAGCGAUUUCCUGGCUGAGCUCUUCGCGGAUACCGAGGACGACGACGAAGACACGAAUUCAUCAACCUCCGCCCCGGAGGGCGACUCCGAAAUUACGCACAUAAACCAUUUGGAGGUUGUUGUUUCCGAUCCUUUCGGAACGCAUCGUGGCGGGAAGCAUUUCCUGGAGCGCGGCUUGAUGCACUCGCUGCUUUGGAUAGCGCAGAGCUUCGCCGUGCAUGGCAUUUGGAACGAGGGCGACGUAAAGGGAGCUAUGCAGAGGAUCGCCAGCGAGGUUGCAACCAGGGUUCAGGAGCUCACGCCUCUAACUACGGUGCACUUCUUGUACGCCUAUGCACGUUUGAACUACCGACUCGACACUUUUCUGGACGUCUUGCUGCGCGAGCUGCGGAACCCGAGGGUCAACGUAAUAUUCGAGCAGGACCAGUUACGCACAGCCUUCCACGCGUUAACGGCAUACGGCGUAGACCCUGCUUCGGCUGGUGUGUAUCGCCUGCCGUCAAUAGAGGUCAAGCGGCUCAUGGAGAUACACGGCAACGACGUCGAGCGCGUCGUCCGGGACAUACUGACCACUGACUACGAGACCACAGAAGGCGUCAAAGAGAGCAUAGACUUAGAGAUUGAUGUUCCGUUUGCCGACAGUGCUGCGAAGGCUGCCAUCGACGGCGAACCUGCAAUCACGUACGUGCACAUCCCGGCUUGCGUCGGUGCCGCUCUAGCUGCGGGACGCUCGCCAGGCAGCUUUGCCGAGCGCGUCAAAUACAACUUUACGAUUUAG